AUGGCUUCCCAGGCAGCCUACGUUGCCGAAAAGGCAGUCGGCCACGGCGACAAUGCCGUCACCCAGCAAGACGUUUCCAACUACGAGCAGACCGGGGCCGACCAGACCAUGAAGGCGCUGGUGUGGAUGGGCAAGAACAAGGUCGAAAUGGCCGACGUCCCCCGCCCCCAGAUCCUCGAAGACGGGGACGUCAUCCUCAAAGUCACGGGCAGCACCGUCUGUGGCUCUGACCUGCACCUCCUGCACGGCACCGUCAUCGAGCUGGCCAAGGGCGACGUGCUCGGCCACGAGUUCUGCGGCGUCGUCGACCGCGUCGGGCCCGGCGUGCGCCGCGUCCAGCCCGGCCGCCGCUACGUCGCCUCGUUCCAGAUCGCUUGCGGCGACUGCUUCUUUUGCAAGCAGAAGCUGUCAUCGCAGUGCGAGAAGACGAAUUCCAACUCGGCGGCAAAGGCCAUGUACGGCGGGCGCACGGCGGGCAUGUUUGGCUACUCACACUUUACCGCCCUCUACCUAUCCGACGUCCUCAGCACCUCGUACAACUGCGUCAAGGACACAGCCGUCUACCCCAAAGACCAAGUCGCCAUCUUCGGCGCAGGCCCCAUCGGGCAAAUGUGCGGCGUCUUUGCGCUCGCCGAGGGCGCAUCCAAGCUCAUCUUCGUCGACACGGAGCCGCGGCUGUCCUACGUCGCGGCGCACCUUCCUGCCGAGCACCGCGACAAGCUCGAGCUCGUUGACUACAAGAAGCUCUCGCACGGCGUCACGGCACGCGAGACGGUCGUGAGCCGCCUCAAGGAGCUCUGCGGCGGGCGCGGGCCGGACGUGGCGCUGGAAUGUGCGGCGGGCGAGUAUGCAAAGGGCUGGCUGCAUUGGCUGGAGAUGGCGACCGGGGUUGAGACGGAUACCAGUGAGAUUUUGAAUGAGAUGAUUGAGGGCGUUCGCAACUAUGGCCGUUGCGGCGUCACGGGCGUUUAUGUCGGAUACACAAACCACUUCAACGUCGGUUCGCUCAUGCAGCGCGGUAUCCGCCUCAUCGGCAACGGCCAGGCGCCCGUCCACAAAUACUGGGACGAGCUGCUGCGCAUGAUCCAGGAGGGCAAGCUGGACCCGCUGCCCAUGGUCUCGCACCGCGUCCGCCUCGAGGAUCUCGACAAGGUCUACUACAAGUUCGAGGCCCGCGAGGAGGGCAUGCAAAAGGUCUACGUCGAGACCAAGUUCUCAGCCCCUGCGGCCCCAGGGUGUCCCGCGUUGACGACGUAUUCAUGA